AUGGGAUCCAACGUUGAGCUGGUAUGGCCAGAGUCAGAGGCAUAUUCCUCACGGGUGAACAACUGCUCACAUGCAAAUUCAUCCCUAGCUGUAAUUCGAGCGAAGUUGAGUGCCGAACAAUUAGAACAAUUCAAGACAUCAUGCUUUGGCCAUCUUCUGAAUAUAGAUAAGAUUCAGUUUAGCGGGCAGAUUGUGCAUGGGGUUGUGUUGCGUAGAGUAGCGGGGCAGGGUGUGAAAGACUUGGAUGGACUGAGUUUCUUAAUAGGGUGCGACGUUGCUCAGUUCACUCGUCAGGAUUUCUGUUUGAUCUCAGGGCUUCGUUUUGGGGAAGUGCCUGAAGUUUCCAGUGGAGAAAGUGAUGAAAUUAGACUUCAGAAAAGAUAUUUUAUAGACGAAGGAAUUACAUGUAAUGCUUUAGAAGAAGCAUUUGUGAGGUGCACAGAGGAAGAUGACGUCUACAAGCUAGCUCUUGUUUACUUUGCUGAGUUAGUGGUUUUGGGAAGGGACAAACAUUUGAACAUCAAUCUAAAUUACCUGACCCUUGUAGAGGACUUGGAUGCGUUCAACAGGUUUCCAUGGGGUUCGGUGUCGUUUGACAAAACCCAAGACAGUCUGUUUUCUGCACCAACAAAGUAUGUGAAAAGCUUUGAAAAUGAAGAGGGAAGAGGGAAGGGGAAAUGUAAGGUAACCGGAACAAGCCGGAGAAAUGAGAAGGGCAAGAAGGAUAACCAUGGUGAAGUGCAAAGGGGUGGGUGGAGUUUUAAAGGUUUCACGUAUGCUUUCCAGAUUUGGGUAUAUGAAUUAAUUCCUAGAAUGGUGGACCUGAAUUACUGCAAGGUUGUUGAUCCGACAGCUCUCCCGCGUAUUUUGCGAUGGAGAACUACUACGUCUGUUCCCGAGAUGAGAAAGUUGAACAAUUAUUUUUUCCAGAGCAAAGAGUCAGUUCAGUUGCGGGCGCUAUGUCCAAGUGAAGAGGAAAUGAGACAACCAUAUUGGAGUUGGCCACAGGGUCGCCCUGCUGUUGUCUCGGCAGAGUCAAUUCCUUCUUCAUGUGCUGACCUUGAUGAGUUGAACAAGGCGGUAAGCUUGUUGAGGUCCGAGUUGUUUCAAGUAAAGCGGGAAAAGGACGUCCUUGAGUUAAAGGUCAUACGGAUGGAAAAAAAUUUGGGCCACUGUUUAGGUCCUCAUUUUGAGCAGGAAGUGAGAAGGGACAUAGCUUUACUGAAAGAGAGGACGAAUCGUUGUGUCGUGUCACAUCUAUUUAAGGGAUAUAAGGAAGUGGAUGGCAUGCAAUGGGAUGAAGGGCCAAGUAAUAGAAAUGAAGGAGAGGCAAAUGAAGAGGAGGACAUUGAAGGGGGUGAAGGGCCAAAUAACAGAAAUGAGGGAGAGGACAAGGAAGAGGAGGGGAUUGAAAGGGGUGAAGGGGCAAGUAAGACAAAUGAGGGAGAGGAAAAGGAAGAGGAGGGGAUUGAAGGGGGUGAAGUGCCAAGUAAGAGAAAUGAGGGAGAGGAAAAGGAAGAGAAGGGGAUUGAAGGGGGCCAAGUGCAAAGAAAACCAAGGGAGGUAGAGGAAGCUCAAAGGAAAAGAAGUGAGGGAGAGCAAGUGAAAAUAAAAAGCAGCAAAGGAGAGGAAGCGCAAAGAAAGAGCAUUGAGGGAGAGGAAGAACUGCAAAGAAAAAGCAGUGAGGGAGAGGAUCCAAAAAAAAAAAAAAGGGCAAGGAAGUGA